AUGUCAGAAUCAUCACAAGAACUCGGGACCAUCUGUAUCAUCGGUGCAGGUGCCGCAGGGCUAGCCGCUCUCAAAGCCGUUCUCGACUCGCCUCGUUAUCGGGCUGGGCUAUGGAUGCCCACCGCUUUCGAGUCAAGAAAUGAGGUGGGCGGGAUCUGGCUUCCGGACACUUCCGCGGAAGGUACUAUCCAAGAAACACUUCCAAAGACCCCGUUGUAUGAUUCUCUGACAACAAACCUACCGCAUCCGGUCAUGGCCUAUCCGAGUUUCCCCUUCCCACCCUCGACACCAGUUUUUCCCGGGGCCGCGCACGUUCAAAGCUAUCUGAAGUCAUAUGCUGCGCAUUUCGAUCUUGGUUCCCAUAUCCGCUUCAAUACCACGGUCACUGACGUGCUCCGGAGCAAGUCGGGUUGGUCUGUGAGUCUAGACACGGGUGAGAUGUUGCAAUUCGACCUGAUCAUUGUCGCCAACGGCCAUUAUGCCAUUCCCCGUUAUCCUGACGUGCCCGGACUAAACGAUUGGCUGGCCGCCAAGAAAGCCAUGCACUCGAUCUGGUUUCGGCGACCGGAACGAUUUGGAAACGAAGUCCUUGUGGUGGGUGGUGGUCCCAGUGGCAACGAUAUCUCUGCAGAUCUCGCGACUGUUUGUCCCGAGAUUGUACGGUCCGUUAGUGGCGCGACUGUCUCGGACUCAGGCUCGAUCAAGACACGAGGUCGGACCACUCGAUUUGGGCCCGACGGAAAAGUCUUCUUUGAAGAUGGCAGCGUCGAAAACGAUAUUGACUUUUGCAUCCUCGCCACCGGCUAUGAAGUGCAUUUUCCGUUCCUAUCUGAGGAAAUCGUCCACCCGACUGCUCCACCCCCGUGUCCUCCACUGCCUGACGAACUGUACAACUCAACAUACAAUAUCUUUCCUCUUGCACAUCACAUCUGGCCGUUGCAAAAGCAUUUCCCACCCACGACGAUGGCAUUUCUGGGUCUUCCUGUUCGUGUCGCCCCGUUGCCAGUCAUGGAAGCUCAGGCGGUGGCCGUUCUGCAUGCAUUUGAGCAUCCUGAAUCCCUCGAUCUUGAAGCGGCAAGGACUGGCGUGCUGGACCGUUACCAGGCUGUCGGCGGCCGUGCCUUCAGCGUUUUCCAGGAAUCUCAUGAGCAGUUUGAUUAUUCAGACGCACUCCACGCUUUUUCCUCGAGCAAAGUACGGGCUCCUAUCUGGCGCAGGACAAUGUAUGAAGAAAAGACUGUAUUGCGGAGAUUUUGGGUCCAUCUGGAGCGUACUGGAGAGGCCGAGGCAUGGGUCAAGCACAAGUCGCCGUGCUCCGUCACAAUGGACUUUUCAGCCCAUUUCGGGGAUAGCACUGGAUUGUAUUCCAUGAGUGAGGCUGACGAUUUCUUGUACAACCAAGUCCCGGGGCCAGAGGAAAACGCCAGCUCCAGCUCGGAAGAAGAGUCCUCGGACGGCUCUUCCGAUGGGGAAGGGAGCGGAGGGGAGGACUUUGCAGGUCCAGUUCCACUAGCAGAAAUGCAGAUUGAAGGGCCGGCACUUUCAUUUGAGGUCAAAGCCCUCCUCGGGGACGCCAACCAAGCCUACGUUGAUGGGGACCUUUCCGAGGCGAUCAGGCUCAUGCGCGAAGUCAUUCGUAUCGAGCCGCGAGCCGCAUCAGCCUGGUCCGUACUCGCGCAGUGUCAUGACGAUCUGGGGAAGCCCGAAGAGGCACUUCAGCUGCGGAUCAUGGCGGCGCAUCUCAGGCACGAAGGCGAGGAAUGGGAUCGGCUCGCGAGACAGUCCAAUGAUCUCGGUUUCAAGCAGCAAGCUUUGUAUUGCUGGGGGAAGCUGGCUAGCCUUGAUCCGACUAAUAUCAAUGCACAGUGGGACAGGGCGUCGCUUGCCCGUGAUUUGGGCGAUUUGAAGACGACAAGGCAUGCCUUCCUAGCGAUUCUUAAGGUCUUUCCGCAUGACAUCCCGGUCCUUUCUGAGCUCCGCAAUGUGCUUGUCGAACUAGGCGACCUCGAGACGUGUCUCAAUCUCUUCGCUGCUGCAUUCGAGCACUACCAGCGCGUAUAUCCAACAGGAGCAGGGGAUCUUCCCGGUGGCGGUUUUGGACUGAUGGAGCUGCUGGUUUUGGCAGACUUGUACAACACGGUCUCCGAACACCGGCCAGCUGUGGAGGUCAUACGUCGAGGAUGUCGUUGGCUGCAAGGUCGAGGUGAUCAGAGAUACUGGGAUGCUUGUGACGACGAUCGCGAAUACGACUUGGAAUUGUUCAAACGAGUCGUGGAUGAAGGACCCCAGCCUGGAUUCUAUCCCUUGGAUGUGAAUGCGCGACACAGAUUGUCCGUUGCGCGGAUCCAAAUGGGGUAUACGCAAGAGGCCAAGUUUCACACGAGUGCUGUACUGGCUGAGGAUGUGUUGGACUAUGCACCUCUGUUCGCAGAGACGGCUGACGCUUACUUCGACCAGAAGAUGUAUGCUGAAGCACGGCCUAUUUACGAGCUUUUGGGGACCGAGGAAAGCACGAGUAGCAUGUACAUCUUGCUGCGAACGGCGAUUUGUUUGCGCAUGCUGAAUGAGUUGAGACCAGCUGUGGAUGUCCAUCGCCCUGCAGUCAGACUUGUGGAUCCAACCAACAACGAUGCCAAAUUGAAGCUCGCUGAAAUCUAUGAAAUUCUUAAUGAGCCUCGCAAGGCACUUGACUUGGUUUACGAGGUCAUCGACAGCAGACGGCGAGGCAACAAAAUCAUCGACGACGACGCGGGCACAGCCAAUACUGCACCGCCCACCUCGUCGCUUUUUGCCGAAGAAAGCAAGUCGAGCGCACGAAUGAAGCGAUCGCAACCGCAGAACCGCAUGAGCCGUGAGGCCCUUAUCGAGCUGGAGACCCAAAUGGAGCUGGAGACACUGCGCAGUCACCAGCACUUGCAGGAACUGUACCCCCAGAUCGAUCUGGGCUUACAGGAUCCAAACGAAGCCGAGCGAGAUUGGGUGAUCACGGCAGAGAGGCUAUUGGAUGCGUUCCGGGAGACAAGGCAGCUGUUCACCACGACUGGACAAUUCAAGGGCAUGUUUCCGGGCAGAGAGCGCCCCUCGAAAGAUCGCGAGGCAAUGGAGGCCAGGAUGAUUUCACGGCUGCAGAUGGAGCUGGAUGGGGGCGGCUCAAGCGCGAAAAACAGCACCGACGUGUUCCGUGGCCUGAACUUCCGGGAUUGGCUGAGUCUAACCUUCCAGUACGCUUUCCUAAGCACCAAAAGGAACCAGUAUGAAUCUGCGGAAGAUCUCUUGAAGCAUAUGGCGCUCUCCAUCGCGUUUCGUUCCGCCGAAUGCCAAACUUCGAUCCGGCUUGCGUUGAUCUCGGGACGAUUUUCUACUGUUGUCGAGCACGCGCGGAAGAUCAUCACCACAUAUCAGUUCAACAACGAGCCGCUGCGGAUUCUGCUGGCGGUGCUGUCGAGUGGGCUGCAUCCGACGGACGCAUUUAUCGUGUCCCCCCUCCAGAAGUUCUUGUAUCGGGAGAUGAAACUCGUUGGGGUGGCAAGCAAGAAUCCGGAACUGGCCAAGUGGACUCCCGCCCAGAAGCGCUUUAGUUUGAUCAACAACAAAGGCGAGGACGGAGAUGACGAACCAGCGGAUGAGGCUGUCCCCACAGCUGUGGGUGGAGACCAUGUUCUGCCCGCUUACGCCCGGAAACCGAAUCCUGUUAUCACGGCUAUAUAUGGUCAGGUCUGCGUUGCAGCCAAGAGCUACCAGAGUGCAAUCUUCUAUCUCCUACAGGCCUACGAAAUGUGCCCUGAAGACCCGAUGAUCUGUCUGAGCCUGACCAUGGCGUCUCUGGGCCGUGCGAUGCAACGGCAGUCCGACAACCGCCAUCAUCUCGUGGCCCAGGCCUUGGCGUUCCUCUCGCGGUACCGCGCUCUGCGCACAGAGCAGACCCAUGGCUUGGGUGAGAUCGAGUACAAUUUCGGGCGCGCGUUUCAGCAGAUCGGACUGCACAGUCACGCUGCCAGGCAUUAUGAGGCGGUCCUGGCGCUGGCUGAGACGCAACAGGAUAAGACUGACACUCUCGCUCAAGAGGCUGCUUAUAAUCUGGCUUUUGUGUAUAACUCAACUGGCGCGGUGGAGCUGGCUCGAGCUCUGUAUAGGCGUUGGCUGACUGUUUGAUGACCCGCGCCGCAAAUGAAUCGACUUCGACUCCGUAUCAGUUAUUCGUGGCCCCAUCAUCAUCACAUCACGAGAGCAAUCCUUGAUAUCAAGUU